AGAUAAACUAUUUUUUUAAUUAUACAAAAAAAUUAUACAUUUCUUGAGUCAAAAUGAUGAAUAGACCGAAACCAAGUGAAACGGAAGAGGACAUUUUGCUUUUACAGCAAAAAUUUCUAUCGGAAAAGGCAAAAAAUCCCAAAAUUCAGCCGGCGGCACAAAUUGUGAAAAUUGAAAAACAACCUAAGAAAUCUCUAUUUGCCCAAUUGCGACAACAAAAGCAGCAAUCUGUGCCUGAGACGGUUAACAAGGAAGAAUCAGAAAAAAACAAAAUAAUCUAUGAUGAAAUUCAUCACAAAAUUGUGGGUGACCAAAAUGAGAACAAAUCAGUAACCGAUAUUAUAAUGGGUGAUAUUGUUGAGAAUAAUGUACAACAACCCAAACCAUUUAUGGCUACAGAAGUCAGAAAUGCAACUGCUUUUCCCAAAAUUCAAAAGAUUAAUCUGAAUGCUUUGGCAAGUCGACCUACGAAUGGCAAAAGUUUAUUUGGUCAACUUAUGGAAGAAAAAUGCAAACAUCAAGGUGAAUCAAUGGAAUGUGAAGAACCUGCGACAGUUCAGAAAAACAAAAAUCUAACUGCUUUGUAUGGUGAGAAAAGUGUUAUAGUCGAAGAUUCUAAAACUGCAGCAGAAGUCCACAAAGAGAACUUAAAUGUUUUGUGCCAAUUGAAGGAGGAAGAAAUAUUGGCAGAGCGUAAAAAAAUAUUAGAAUCUAUAGAUCCUGCCUUAGUAGCUUUAUUGGCCAAUAAAAGAAAAGAAAAAACGCAAGCAAAACUAAAAAUCUCUCCAACUUCAAAUAAAUCAGAAGCUAUGGAUACUUCCAGCAAUAACAUUAAAAUCGAAGAGAAUCCAUUAAACGAUUUACCAUCUUCAAAUCCAGCAGUUGAUCUAAUAGAACGCUCAUCAGCCGAACAAUGGAUACACUUUGAUGUUGUGGAAAAAGACAAACUUGAAUGGAUGCGUGAUAUACCAAUGCAAGCUAGUAAAUUGAAGGAGGGAGAAAAAUUUGAAGCUCGCUUCGAUUGGAAAGGUGUGCUAUUACCCUAUUCAUUGGCAGAUGUUAAGAGCACAACUGAAAAUGAAACAGAUGAUCGAGAACUUUAUUUGCAUGGCGAUGAACCUCAUCGUCCAGGUUAUACUUUGCAAGAACUAUUUCGUUUAGCUCGUUCGAAUGUUAUGCAGCAACGAGUGACAGCAUUCAAUGCUAUUGCUGGCAUUUUAAAUAUUUAUCAGCAGGGCUUCUACGACCAAGUCUUGGAUUUGCCCAUAACAAAGAUAUUCUUUUUAUUAAGAUUUGGUUUUGAUGACAACACACCAGCUAUGCUGGAGGUAGUGGGGAAGGCUUUAGCUUAUUUAUUUUAUAAUGAAACAGACGAGACUCUACUUGAUUUUACUUAUGAAAAUCCCGGUUGUCAUUGGCAACCUUGUCUGGAAGUCUUAAAUGCAAACAUUGACUCUGAAGAUCCUGAUUCCAUAGACAAUUUGCAAAAACAUUUGCAACAGUUACAAGUGAAUUUAAAGGGAGCAACUAUCAAGGCCAAUGUAGAGGAAAAUGAAGAAGAAAGUAAAACCACAAUGAGUGAUUUUCAGCUGGCUGAAACCGAUCUAAUUGAUUGCUUUUUAAGAACAAAUAUCUUACAAAGAAUCUAUUUCAUAUUGAACUGUGUAAAGCCGGAUAAUAGUACAGUGUCAUCUUGUUUGAAAAUUUUAAUACGUUUGGCUCGUAAUGGCAAAGAGGUGGCCUUGCAAAUUAUCAACAAUGAUGGUUUAAUAAAUUGUUUGUUUGAGAAUUUCCUGCCACGUUUGGAAAAAGUUGACACAUCUCUUGAAACACCACCUUUUUAUCACUAUCCUCAGUAUUUGUGUUUGAAAUUAUUGCGCAUUUUAGUGUCAUGUAAUUUAGGUAUUGCUGUUAAAUUGCUUAAUUUCAAUUUAAUAGAUAGUUUGGAAAAUUAUCUCUUUAAUAGAGAGGAUAUUAAGGGCAAACUUAUCAAAGUUCAAAUUGAAUCAUUGCGUAUUUUAAGAUGUUUAUUUUUAUUGCGGGUAGAAAAUAAUACACUUUACAGAAAAUUUUUAUCCGCCUUUCGCUAUAUGCUAGACUGGCACUAUAAUCAUGUCAUUUAUGAAGAGGGCGGACCAUUUUUGAUACGACAACACGCAGCUUCACUACUAACAACGAUAAGCAGUAUUAACAGUCCGGUGGGUUCCGAAGUAACGGCACUGUUGGGUGACAUAUUGCAUGAUUGUUGUUGCAAUUGGUUUUAUAAGGCCAUGCGUAAUGGUGUGAAAGAGUUUUCACAAGCGACUUUAUUGAGUUCGUGUUUGAAUUGUGUUACAUGGUAUGUUCGUCAUACUGAUACAGCGCGCUUUCAAAACUUCAUAAAAAAGUACCUGGAUGAGUUUAUAAAAUCGGAAAGUUUUCUUAAGUUUUUAAUAACCAUAAGUCCAUCUUCAAUAGUCAUACGAGACUCUGUGGAUCGUCGAACAGUGCAUAAUCCCCUGCCAAAUGUAGGCUCUGUCAUAAUGAAUGCCCAUGGACCCCAAUUGGUUAUAGCUCAAACAUAUCCAAUCUACUUCAUAACAGCACUCUGGCGUCUAAUGGAAUUACUUUUAGAGCGAAAUGAAAAACAUUUAUUUGAAAUACUACUUAAACCCGACAUACUCGAGCCCUUAGUAAGCUUUUUACGUUCACUGUCGACACGCUGUAAUCGCUAUUUGGCUACGAAUUUCUAUGCCAAAAUGGAAAUGAAACUAAUUUUUAAACUAUUAUGUUUCGAAGGAUUCCAUACGUAUUUCAAUAGCUCGGAAAUGUUGCAAAUUGUUUACAAUUAUCUUUGCUGUUUAACAGCCGAACAAAUACCAGAAAUUGAAGAACUCUUCGAAAGGGUAAUAUUCAAUACUCGCUACAUACAAGUGGAGGCAGAGACUUUAAAUAAAUGGCGUAAAACCUGCUUGGAAUUAGUAUAUCCUCAUUAUAUUGUGGUGUCACCCAGCGAAUUGCCAUUAAUGCUGCCAUUUAGUCAAAUUCCUUUGCUGCCUUCAGAUUGGCCUUAUUUUCAACUGAAAGUUAUUUUACAGAAUUAUGUGGAAAACAUACAACAUAACAGCUCUCUUGAAUUCUCCGAACGUGAAAUAUUGGAAAUGACUUUGAAUUUUGUAACACAAUUGGAAAAGUCUAAUGAUAAAUUACAAAUUGCCACACCAACGGAGAAAUUAAUGUACUUGAUGAUAGCAUUCAUGGGACCGGAUUCACAAUUUCUGGACAGGGACAUGCACGAAUUAUUACGCCAACACUUAAUGGAAUUUUACGCACAAUCUCAGAAUGUAAUGUUUCAAUUUGAUGAGAUUUAUCAAGGCAAGUGCAGGUUUGAAAAUUUAUACGCCUUGUUUGUGGAUCAUUUUCAAGCAGCCAGCUAUGGCAAUGAAUUGUUUAGUUCCUUGGUACUGAUACCUUUAGCACAGAAAUACAAUAAUAAAUGGCGUAGACGUGUUUGGUCUGAUUAUGCUUCUGCUUUACGUUUUCUCGACUGUAAUGAAAAUAUGUUGAUUGGCGGCCUCGAGGCAUAUUUACAGCCUGCCGAGGAGGAAGAGUCACUGAUAAGAGACUACAAUAAUGCUUUGAAUGGCAAUUUACUUCGUGCAAAUACUUUACCACAUAAAAUUGCUACACAUCAUGUGGAGAAAUUUAAAGAAAGCCAACAUUUUAAAACCAAGUAAAUUUAGACAUAAUAACAAUAAAAAAAAACCUAAACACUAAAAUACAAAAGAAGUCUAAAAUGUAAGUAACAAACAUUUUUGCUAAUUAUACUUAUA